CUCUCUCUCUCUCUCUAUGAAUCCUGCAUUGUCUUCUUGUUUCCUCAGGAUCUCAUCAUAGUCUUCUACCAAUAGAGGGCUGUCCUUUUCUGUAUCUUUCCGUUUGAGUUUCCUCUGUUUCUUCUCUCUGCCAAACACAGAAGAGGGAAGUGCAAAGAGAACCCAACUGGGUAUUUUGGAUUUUUACCUUGUGUUUGGAAGCUCGGAAACUAAAAUGCCCAGGCACUGGACUUUUCCUUGUUCUCCCACUUGGUUUUUCUUCAUUACUUGAGAAAACAGGGGAUUACCCAUUUGUUCUGUUCUUCUCCUAAGAAAAUCAGUGGGCUUUUCCCAUUGUUUUUAGCACAAAACCAGAGCUUGAACCUGUGUCUUGGUUUCUUUUGGUUCCUCAGUUUUAAUUUUGUUCAUAUUCUUCUUCUUCCUCCGCAUUCAUUUGUAAAAGGAAAUAGAAAGUGUUGGUCACACGGAGCUGAAAUUGGCCAUUAUUUCUGUAAAUCCAGAUAGCCUUAUGAAGCAGUGAAACAAUGAGAGAUGGGAAUUCCAAGAAAAGCAAGCUUUCAUGGCCCAGGACACUGGUCAAGAAGUGGUUCAAUAUUAAGAGCAAAGCCGAGGACUUUGACGCAGACGACGCCGUUUAUGGAGGUGGUGAUGAAGAGUGGAGGAACACCUAUUCAGAGAGGGAGGCAUGCACAAUCAAGAAAAGCAAAACAGAAAGAUUAAGUAAGAGGCACUCUGAUAGAGUCCGAAGGGGUAAGAUUGACAUGGACGCAUCACAAGUUACAGAUGUACACAAUUAUAGGAUCUUUGUAGCUACAUGGAAUGUAGCUGGAAAAUCUCCUCCAAGUUGUCUGAAUCUUGAAGAUUGGCUCCACACCUCUCCUCCUGCUGAUAUUUAUGUUCUUGGGUUUCAAGAAAUAGUUCCUUUGAAUGCUGGCAAUGUUUUGGGCACAGAAGAUAACGGCCCAGCUAAAAAGUGGCUAGCUCUUAUAAGGAAGACUCUAAAUAAUCUUCCUGGAACGAGUGGUGGUUGCCAUACACCUUCACCAAUUCCUGAUCCAAUUGUAGAAUUAGAUGCAGACUUUGAAGGAUCAACAAAGCAGAAGGCUUCCUCUUUCUUUCACCGCAGGUCCUUUCAGUCCUUGAGCCGCAGCAUGAGAAUGGACAAUGACAUGUCAAUGCCGCAACCCCGACUUGAUCGACGAUUCAGUGUUUGUGAUCGGGUUAUGUUUGGGCACAGACCAAGUGAUUAUGACCCCAAUUACAGAUGGGGUUCCUCUGACGAUGAGAAUGGACCUGGUGAUUCACCUGUUGUCACACAGUAUUCACCAAUGUCCAACAGUGGGUCUUUCUCAUUGGAGGAUAGAGAUAGACAGCCAGGGAACUCAAGAUACUGCUUGGUUGCCAGCAAACAAAUGGUUGGUAUAUUUUUGACAGUAUGGGUAAAAAGGGAUCUUAGAGAUGAUGUCCGCAAUAUGAAAGUGUCUUGUGUUGGAAGAGGAUUAAUGGGCUAUCUUGGAAAUAAGGGUUCAAUUUCCAUUAGCAUGUCUUUGCACCAAACAAGCUUUUGCUUCAUCUGUAGUCAUCUGACCUCUGGCCAGAAGGAAGGAGAUGAACUUCGAAGAAAUUCUGAUGUCAUGGAGAUCCUGAGGAAGACAAGGUUUCCCAGGGUUCAUGGCAUGGGAGAUGAAAACUCUCCUCAGACAAUACUAGAGCAUGAUCGAAUCAUUUGGCUUGGGGAUUUAAAUUACCGCAUUGCCCUUUCCUACCGCUCUGCAAAAGCUCUUGUUGAGAUGCGCAACUGGAGAGCAUUGUUAGAGAAUGACCAGCUGAGGAUAGAGCAAAGACGAGGACGUGUCUUUGAGGGAUGGAGUGAAGGAAAGAUAUAUUUCCCUCCGACAUACAAAUAUUUAAAUAAUUCAGAUAGGUAUGCAGGUGAUGAUAGGCACACCAAGGAGAAGCGAAGAACUCCAGCAUGGUGUGAUCGUAUAUUAUGGCACGGAAGAGGCAUUUAUCAAUUGUCUUAUGUACGUGGGGAGUCAAGGUUCUCAGAUCAUAGGCCAGUUUACAGCGUAUUUCUGGCCGAGGUUGAGUCUAUUAACCGUAACCGAAUCAAGAAAAGCAUGAGUUGUUCCAGUUCCAGAAUUGAGGUAGAGGAGCUGUUACCACACUCGCAUGGAUACAGAUACACUGACCUCAAUUUCUAUUGAAGGCUGGCCUUCCCUUUCUGUCCAGUAUGCUCAGCUCAGGACAACUGACGCAGAAUUUAAAGCACUGUUACAUUACAUCAGGAAUUCCUACAGAUACAAAAAUGCUAUUAGUGAAAUACAAAUUUUUCCUGGAAUUCCAACCCCAUUUGACCUCCUAGAUCAGUCAGUGAAUCUUUGGUCCCCAAUUUGCAAGUAGGCACUGCUGCAAAGAAAAUUCUGCCAUGAUGGUGAUAAAGACAGUCUGUUGCCCAUAAUCCAAAAGAAGGUUUCAAUUCUUUUCAUCCCAAUUGGCAAACUUGGAACUUUCUGGCACAACGGUUUUUAGUAGUGAUCUUGGUAAUGAGGAUGAGCUGAGCUGAUC